AUGACACGCUGCCUCACCACCUCCGGCAAGGUUCGCCUUCUCCCCUCCGCAGCCACGCCCAGACCAACUCGCUGGCCUCCUCUGUCAUUCCACCAGCCAGCAAUUUCCCCUCAUCCUGGUCUUUCUUCCGCCAUGGCUAUUCAAGGCGUUGAGCAGACCAUCCUACGGGAUCCGGCUCUCUUCUAUUGGAUUCUCUUCCCUAUCUCGGUGGUUAUGAUCCUGACCGGUAUCCUCCGCCACUAUGCCACUGUGCUCAUGAACACGCCCCCGAAAUCCGCCGCCACCCUCGCCGAAUCACGCGAACGCCAUGCCCUCCUCCGCGGCGUCAACCUACGCAACCAUGCAUGCUCCGUUCUUGACCGCGAGUCCUUUGAGGCACGCAGGAACUACCUAGUAUCCGGCUUCCGGAGCGGCGCGUUCCUCAAGGACCCUAAUAACCGAGGCCAACCGCCAGCGAACCCAAUGACGGACCCCGCAGGCAUGGAAGCUAUGAUGGGCAUGCUGAAGGGAAACAUGAUGAUGAUGAUCCCGCAGACGCUGAUUAUGAGCUGGAUCAAUGCUUUCUUCUCCGGAUUCGUGAUUUUGAAAUUGCCCUUCCCGUUGACCAUUCGCUUCAAGUCUAUGCUUCAGACAGGUGUGAUGACCCGUGACUUGGAUGUCCAAUGGGUGUCCAGUCUGUCAUGGUACUUCCUCAACUUGAUGGGCUUGCAAUCUGUUUUUGGAUUCAUUCUGGGCAGUGACAACUCCGCCAACCAAAUGGCGCAACAGGUGGGCAUGGCCAACCCUGCUGCUAUGAUGAAUCCCAUGCAGCCUGGCCAGGAUCCCGACAAACUGUUCUUGAGUGAGGCAGAGAACCUGGAGGUUAUGGAGCACUUCUGCGUCCUCAAUGGUGUUGAGGAGCGAGUCCUGCGGAACUUUGCCCGGAGGUGA